AUGCUUUUUGGCGAAGGAAAACGAAUUAAAAUUAUAGGCACAACUGGAAUCGCAGCAACGUUGUUACUUGAAGGAAGAACCGACCACAAGACUUUUACAUUAAAUGUACCUCUGGGUUCCGAUUCCAAGUCAAAGAUCAAGAAGAGUUCGAAAGAAGGUGACGAGCUGGCUGAAAUCGAUGUUUUCUUCCUGGAUGAAGGUCCCAUGUUACCGAAGUAUGGCAUCGAAAAUAUCGAUGAAAAACUACAAGAAUUACAUGAAAAUCGACUGCCUUUUGGAGGAACUGUUCAACCAAGAGCCAAUAACUCGGAACUCAUGGAUUUAUCAAUAAAGAACAGCAGAUUAUGGCGUCUCUUCAAUGUUCAUAAACUUACAAAGAAUAUACAAGUAGAAGAAGAUAAAGUUGAAUGGGCCAAAGAGAAUAUCGACAACUUCGUCUUUAAAGCUAGAGAUCUCAUCUAA